GAGGAAGAUCCAUAUGCUCUGGUUGGAAUCAAUGAUGAUGUUUAUGAUAUGAUUCUCUCAUCUAACAAGGAAGCCAAUGAAACCCGAAAGACUUGUGGUGCUUCAAUAAUUAACCGCCCACCUGCACCCACUCCCCGGCCUGCUGCCACUGCUAAAGAAGACAGUACUCCAUUCAUAGCACAAGUUUUUCAGCAAAAGGCAGACAAUGGGUCACUGUAUUCUCUCCCCCAAAGACAAGUCAAAGGCAGGGACAGCUUGACUUCGAUGUACGACACCUUUGUGCCUCGCCAGCCCCCUGGACUGGAGGAGCUGAUCCAGCUGCAAGAGAAAGUCAAGAGCGGAUCAAUCUCCAUGGAUGAAGCUUUGUACAAAUUCAGCAAAUGGCAGAAAGAUCAAAGGGGAAUGGACAUAAUACAGCAGGAAAAUCUACGGCAGCUAAGAGAGAGCAUUAUCAACAACAGAGCAGAAGACGACAGUGUCUAUGACAAAAUCACUAUAAUUCACCACACACCAGAUAUGAGUGAAGGUAGAAGGGGAAGCAACAAUGUGGAUGAAGGUUUUUACAGCAAGCCUCUCAAAGGACAACAGCCUCCUGCCCCAUGGAAGCCUGCUAAAUGAAAAAGGAUAAGAUGUAUAUUGAAAGCAUAAUAAAUAUGGGCCAAAUAUUCAAAGAUUUAUGCAAAUUUAUACAACUUUUGUUCAACUCUGCUUGCAUUGCGGAUAUCUUGUAUAUAUUCCUAAGUCUGACAAAUUCUAGUCUGCAGAAAUUAAUAAAUUUAAAUGAAUGUAAACAGGAAAUGAAUCGCAACUCAGACUACAAACCCAACUGAUGCAGGUGUAUUUGCGGACCAGGUGAGACAAUGACUCAAAGUGUUCAAAAGCACAGAAAGGGCAACUUUACUAAAGAUUAGAUUCUAAUACUGAUAAUAGCUGAGAAAAUGGGCAAAAAAACCAUAAGAUUUGGCACUAAACAUGCGAAAUGUAUUAAAAAUUACAAUUACUCUGCCACAGUAGUCUGCAUACUACGUUUAUCAUUAUACUGUAUAAGUUUUCAGAUAUUUUUACUACAUUAAAAUUCUUCCAGACCAAGACCAACCUGUCUGGACAGGGCACUAAAUCAAUGAGAAACACCUGAUUAUACUACAUGGAUAAAGAAGUAUGAACUCAUAUAAUGAUAAUGCUUUUUAAUAUGUAGCAGCUGAGUAAUCAUGUGCUAUAGUUUUCAAGAUGCUUCACACUGUUUUAGUGCCCUGUCCAGACAGUUUUGUCUUCGUCCGGCUUUCACACACUCCCCACAUAACGUAAAUGCUGUUUUAACUGUUCCACGGUAUAUAGAUGAUAUUUAAAAAAAAAAAAAAAUGUUGUUAUGAUUUGAAAUUUCAGUUAAUGAAAAACUUUUUUACGGAAAAAUCUGCCAAAUCUACUGAUGGAGGACCUACCUCAGAGCUGAUCACUUUAACAGUGAAAAGGUGUCCCAAACAAUUUCCAUAGAGGUAAACCAUCAGUGCCACCAACUGUGUCUGAAACUGAGAUGCUAGACUUACCUGGGACAUCAGUAUCCUUGUUGGCUUAGUUGAAGCUGCAAGCAUCUUAGAAUGUGUCGAAAAUACACAGAUAUUUUUUUUAUUUAAUAAUGAAAAUACAAUAGUUUUUAUAUAUUAAUGACAGUAUCUGUUUAUGUUUUUUUUCAGUUCUUGCACUGCUCUGAAGCUAAGUUAAAUACAUCUUAAUGAGCUCUAAACUCCCUUGAUAGGAGUCAAUCGUAUUUACAUAGUUUUAUAGCUUGAUUGUGAAUUCGUUAAGGGAAGUCAAACACAUGCAACAUAUUUUU